AUGUUGGAAGCUAAAUUUGAAGAAGCAUCUCUGUUCAAGAGGAUCAUUGACGGCUUCAAAGAUUGUGUUCAGUUAGUCAACUUUCAAUGUAAGGAAGACGGUAUCAUAGCUCAAGCUGUGGACGAUUCUCGUGUGCUAUUGGUCUCUCUGGAGAUCGGCAUCGAAGCGUUCCAGAGCUACAGAUGCGACCAUCCUGUGACUUUGGGUAUUGAUCUUACCUCUCUGAGUAAGAUUUUGCGUUGCGGGAACAACUCGGAUAAUUUGACAUUAAUUGCAGAUGACACACCAGACUCCGUUUUACUGCUCUUUGAGGACACGAAGAAAGAUCGUAUAGCUGAGUACUCUUUGAAACUGAUGGAUAUCGAUGCGGAAUUCCUAAAAAUCGAGGACUUGGCAUACGACUGUUCUUUGAAGAUGCCAUCGCCAGAGUUCUCCAAGAUUGUACGCGACCUGAGCCAGUUGAGUGAUUCUAUCAAUAUUAUGAUCACCAAGGAGACCAUCAAGUUUGUUGCAGACGGUGAUAUUGGAUCCGGCUCCGUGAUUUUGAAACCUUUUGUCAACAUGGAUAAGCCGGAGGAUAGCAUCAAACUGGAGAUGGAGCAGCCUGUAGAUUUGACUUUCGGCUCGAAAUACUUACUCGAUAUCGUGAAAGGCUCCGCUCUGUCAGAUAACGUCGGCGUUAGACUCUCCAGCGAAGCUCCGGCCCUUUUCCAAUUCGACCUGAAGAGCGGCUACCUACAAUUCUUCCUGGCUCCCAAAUUUAAUGACGAAGAGUAA